AUGGUCCACUUCUCGAUUCUUGCCCUGGCGACAAGCCUCCUGGUGCCAGGUGUGCUUACCGCACCUGCUGCCGAGCCUGCAGUCGCUAUCCAGCGACGCUUCGACGGAACCGCCUUCAACAAUUGGUCGGAAGGCGGCAGCAACAUCCGAUGUGUCAACGGCCCCGGCGGGUCUUUCACCGCAAACUGGAACAGCAAGGGCGGUUUCGUCUGUGGUAAAGGGUGGAACGGGCAAGGCGCGAGGAGCAUCACGUUCACCGGCACCUACAACGCCACGGGCCCGGGCUACCUGUCCAUCUACGGCUGGACGACGAACCCGCUGAUCGAGUACUACAUCGUCGAGAACCACGCGGACCUCGCGCCGAACGAGCCGUGGACGCUCAAGGGCAACGUCACGUCGGACGGCGGCACGUACGACAUCUACACGGCCACGCGCAUCAACCAGCCGUCCAUCGUGGGCACCGCCACAUUCCAGCAGUUCUGGUCCGUCCGGCGGGAGAAGCGCACCGGCGGCACCGUGACCACGCCCACCCACUUCGCCGCCUGGAAGGCCCUGGGCAUGAAUCUGGGCACCUACAACUCCGUCAUCGUCGCCGUCGAGGGCUACACCGCCAAGGGCGGCUCGGGCAGCAGCGGCUCUGCCAGCAUCACGGUGCAAUAA